AUGGUACGAGGCAAGGUACCCGUUAAGCCCAGAAAGGAGAAACGGAAUCUGGUGCGCUGGGAUUCGGACAUCGAUGCACACCUGUUGCUGGCCAUUCAAGCAGCAUGCAACACAAGCAGCACAAAGAUACCCUGGGAUGUGGUGGCUUCAACCAUGGGACCGAAGUACACGGAAGGUGCAAUCGUGCAACACCUAUCCAAGCUGCGUGGUCGUCGGGUCAGGGAUGGAAAGAUAGUCCCGCCCCCGCUCCGACGUGCUACUGGCGGCUCUCGCAAAGACUCAAAGGGCUCUGUCCAGCAGGGUGGUGUGGCCGAGGCUAUCCCCGACGAAGAGGUCGAUGAUCUCUCUUCCGGCGGCUCGGACCCCGAAUAUGGGGCUCCAACCUCACGCAAGGCAAAGCGCCACAUGACCCGUCGUGCAAGUGCAAGUGCAAGCGUGGCGAAGCGCAUCAAGACCUCUGCCCGGAAGAUCAGCUCCGAGAGUGAGAAAGUGUGCGUGAAUGCCCCUUUCCUCCAGUUCCUCCCUGCCAGUGCAGAGAAUCCAACUUACGUACCUAGUGAUGCACCUGAGUCUUUGUCGGAAGAAUCAGACGAUGUUUUGAGCAGCGAUAAAGAAGAGAUGACCGUUCCGAACAGAUUUGCCAGUCCUGCGAUUGCGAAUAUCCAGAACAGCGAGAUCUCCGAGAAGGGCUCUCCCAAUCCCGCAGAGAGGCAGAAACUGCGUGUUAGCUUUAAGAAUCGUACCGCGAGCAUGCUUUCAUCCAAGGCUGUCCAAGAGCAGUACUCAUCGACCCCGGUCCCUAUGGGGGGGAACCUCGCCGCCAACACCGAGACCCACGGGUGA